UAACUGGGAAAAGCCUGUCUUGAAUAGCAGCGCCGCCCUAUUAUAUUUACAUUGAAACCAACGUGCGAAAUACGCGAGACAGAAAAUCUUUGCCGGAGUAGUCUUGUUUUGAAUAACUGAUCAGCGCAUUAUCACGGUCGAUCAAGCCUUUUGAAACGAUUUCCUGGGAGGUUUAUCAUCAGGGAUGGAUCAGGAACAAGCUCAGGUUUUGUUCCGGGAGGGAGCCAUGCUGGUGUUUCUAGACGUGCCACAGGGGACGGAGUUUGGGAUCGACUGCCAGUCGUGGCGAGUUGGACCGAAGUUUAAGGGGGUGAAGAUGAUUCCUCCUGGCGUCCACUUUGUUUAUUUCAGUGCCUGCAGCAAAGAAGGUGAAGUCAGUCCCAGGACAGGGUUCUUCUACCACUUCAAGAAGAGGGAGGUGCUGAUUAAGAAAUGGGACAAGGUCACUGAAGACAUGAAGACCACUGAGGUGACCAAAGAGGAGCAGGACAGAGUGGAAUCCAAUAGAAAAGAGUUAGACCAGUAUCUUGGGGCAUAUCCGUAUGACAGUUACAAGAAGUGGGUGUCUCUUAGCAAUCAUAUCACAGAGUCACUGGCGUCAAGGUUACAGCCACAGAGUGGUAAGAUCACCGCGGUAACGCAGCUUGUAUCUGAGGGCAGCACAACACAGUCUCGCAGAGAGAGGGCAGACAGGGAGAUGGAGACAGCGCCAUCUGGGACAAGACAAGACAAGGAAGUGGAGUCACGGCUGCCAGAGUUAACAGUGGAACCAGGAUCUAGAAUAAACUUUUCCGCCAUUCCAAAACAAAAAUACCCAGAGGGCGCCACCCCUGCGCAGGUCACUCAGUACAGUAUGGACAGCAGUCAUGUGCUCAAAGUGAUACUAGACACACAUUACUCAGACAAUCCUAUGGGUUUGCUAGGAGAACUGCAGUUUGCAUUCAUCUGUUUUCUUAUUGGACAAAAUUACGAUGGGUUUGAGCAGUGGAAAAAACUGGUGCAUGUUUUGUGUACGUCUGACGAGGCACUUGCUCUCCACCCGAACUUGUUUGGUGGACUGAUCAGGGUUCUGUAUUUCCAAGUCGGAGAAAUACCGGAGGACUUCUUUGUUGAUAUCGUGUCCAGUAACAACUUCUUGACUGCGACCCUGCAGAUAUUCUUUUCUAAUUUAGAGGGCACUGACCCAGGAUCAGACUUGAGGAAAAGAGGUCUGAAAUUCCGGGAACAUUUAACAAAGAAAUUCAAAUGGGACUUCAUGUCGGAGCCAGAUGAUGAAGCCCCUGUCAUUGUAGAAUAGAUUGAAAU